GAGCGGACCUCCCGUCGGCGGUGCCUGGGCCUAGGCGCGGCUCUGCAGGCGUCGCUGCCCGCGUUGCCGCAGCCUCUCGGCCCCGGCCAGCGAAGAGCGGGGCGCGGCCAUGGGCACCCGCGGGCCCUCCGCGCUGGUGGACACCGCGCCCGCCAAGACCAUCGUGGUGUACCGCAACGGGGACCCGUUCUACGUGGGCAAGAAGUUCGUGCUGUCGCGGCGCCGCGCGGCCACCUUCGAGGCGCUGCUGGAGCAGCUCACGGAGCAGGUGGACGUCCCGUUCGGCGUGCGCCGCCUCUUCACGCCCACGCGUGGGCACCGUGUGCUGGGGCUGGACGCGCUGCAGGCGGGCGGCAAGUACGUGGCGGCGGGCCGCGAGCGCUUCAAGGAGCUCGAUUAUAUUCAUAUAGUUCCCCGAAAAUCUGCAAAGAUAAGGAAGUUGAAGGAAAUCAAAGCGGUGGUGCAUUGUGAUAUAAAUGUGCCUUCCAAGUGGCAAACAUAUCAUCGUAUAUCUCGACAUAUAAAUGUUUUUACAAAUGGAAGAUUAUUUAUUCCACCUGCAAAAAUCAUUAUACCCAAAUUUAGUCUGUCCGAUUGGGACAUCGUGCUGGCCAUGAUUGGAGAAAAAGUCUUCCCUCUAGGAGGCGUUCGGAAAUUAUUUACAAUGAAUGGGCAUCUUUUGGGCGACUCAAAGGAUUUGCAAGACAAUCACUUUUAUGUUGCUGUGGGACUGGAGACCUUCAAAUAUUUUCCUUACUGGAAGUCUCCAAGGGUGCCCAGUGAGGUCCAACAAAGGUAUGCAAAUGUUGAAAAAAACUCACAGAGAAAGAAAAAAGUGGAUUCCAAAGGAAAAGAACCUUGUAAAUAUGAUGGCAUACCCCCUAAAACACAGGAUUCUGUUUAUUAUGCCAAAGAAGAAAAGAGGAAAACAUUGGCAGAACCUUUAGUCCAAAGGGGCGCAGAAGGUGACGUGUAUAAAGCACCGACUCCUAGCAAGGAAACCCAAGGGGCGCUGGACGUCAAAGAGGAGCACAAUGUGCAGCUGGAGGUGCCUGUGGACCAGAGACAAGCUGAGAUAGUUAAAGAAGAUGAAGAGAUACAUGAGGACACCCCUGAUUUUGAGGGCAACAAGGAUAAAGAAGAUGCAAGGCUUUGUGAAGACGUUGAAAGAAAGAAAAAGAAUCAUGACAUUCUAGAGGAAAAAAAUACACCUGUACUACUAGAAACCCCAGUAGAAAUAGAAGCCCACAGAGAACCACCGAUGGGACAAUCACAAGAAAAAUCGUCACCAAGACAAGAAGAACAAACACCUGAGGAACAAGAGUCCUCUGAACAGCCAUGCCUGGGACAGCCACACCGAGAGCAGCCACCUGAGACGCCGGAGUUGCCCACGUAGGCAUGCCUGGCAUGACCGUCAGAAACACAUGAUUCAGGGGUAACAAAUAAAACAACAAAUGCCAUGAGAACAAAAUGCCAACCAGGUUGUGAAGAAAACAGUCAAACACUAGAAAGGAUCACAAGACAAAUGAAAAUAAAAGUGGACAUUUUUUCACAUUAUGCUAAAGAGGUAUGCUGUUGGAAUAUUAAAAUCGUGAAUUUCA